CCAUCGGGUUUGAAUCGGAUCAGUUCACAGCUCACGGGGUGUGAUGAACCAGAUUGAUGGACUUCUAUGCUCUUAUGAUUCGGACUUCCACGCUCCAAUGUUAAAUGAUUUGAGUCCGGAUCUGCUAUAGAGAAGACCCGUAAGCGUGACACGGGCAAGUAGAAAUUGCAGCACGGACAAUAGGUCAAUGCGGAGCGGAGCGGAGGUCGGACCUCAUGAAGAAGAUUGUCUUCAUACGAGACUGAACGCAGAAAUCAUGAUACUGAGAUCACCCUCCAUCAGUCCCUACUUCGUUCCCCAACUAAAAUUCCUUGCUUCAACCCUCCAAUUCUAUUCUCUCCAUACCCACAAGUCCAAUCCAUCACCACUCUUUACUAAACCAGCUUUCACCUCUCUCAUAAACUGCUGUUCUACACAGCCCAACCAACUGAAGCAAAUUCAUGCACUACUUCUGACAGCCGGCCUCUCCAUUAAGAACAGCCUCAUCACCCAAAUUCUUUCUUCUUUGACGUUACUAGGUGAUAUGACAUAUGCCCGCCAGAUCUUCGACGAAAUGCAUAAGCCACGAGCUUUCUUAUGGAAUACCCUCAUUAAAGGGUACGUGAAAAACAAUCUUCCCGUCGAGGCUAUAGCUGUUUACCAAAAAAUGCAUUGCCUUGGUGCCCGCCCCGAUCAGUAUACGUUCCCCUUUGUGCUCAAAGCGUGUGCCGAAAUUGAUGAUUUUUGGGCUGGUGCUGAGGUUCAUGCUCUGGUUGUUAAGUUUGGCAUAGACUUUGAUGCUAUAGUGAGGACUGAAUUGAUGCUAUUGUAUGCCAAAGUUGGGGAAUUGGGUUCAGCAGAUUAUUUAUUCAGGAGUAUGAGUGAGAGAGAUUUGGUCUCUUGGAAUGCUUUAAUUGCGGCAUAUGUGCAGAUUGGAAACGCAGGUAAGGCUCUUCGAUUGUUCCGUGAAAUGGGUCCAGCUGGAGUUAAGCCUGAUUCUGUGACUGUUGUGAGUGUGCUUGGGGCUUGUGCUCAGUUGGGGUGUUUGGGAAUUGGAAAGCAGAUUGAUCAGUUUGUUGUCGACGAGGGGCUUGAGAGAAAUAUAUUUGUUAACAAUGCACGGCUUGACAUGUAUGCGAAAUGCGGAAACAUGGAUCUUGCAAGCAGUCUGUUUAAUGAGAUGCAGGAGAGAAAUAUUAUCUCCUGGAGCACUAUGAUUGGAGGGUAUGCAAUCAAUGGGGACUUUGAGAAAGCCCUGCAUCUUUUCUCUCUGAUGCAGCAUGAGAGGGUAAAGCCAAAUCAUGUCACCUUUCUUGGGGUUCUCUCUGCCUGUAGCCAUGCAGGCUUAGUAAGUGAAGGUAAGAAUUAUUUCAACUACAUGGUCGAGUCCUCUGACAGUAAUAUCCAUCCAAGACUAGAGCAUUACGCCUGCAUGGUUGAUCUUCUUGGCCGGUCUGGACAUCUUGAGGAGGCUUAUGGAUUCAUCAAAAGCAUGCCAGUUGAGCCAGACUCAGGGGUCUGGGGUGCUCUUUUGGGUGCAUGUUCAACCCAUAACAAUAUUGAAUUGGGCCAGCUAGUAGCUGAUGUGCUUUUUGACUUAGCUCCAGAAACCGCCUCCUAUUAUGUACUAUUGUCGAACAUAUAUGCAGCAGCAGGGAGGUGGGAUGAUGUCAAAAAAGUCAGGCAGAAAAUGAGAGGAAAAAGUAUUAAGAAGGUGGCUGGUUACAGCUCUGUUGAAUCAAAUGGUGAGAUUCAUGUUUUCUAUGGGGGGGAUAAAUCGCAUCCACUGUCUACAAGUAUAUAUGAGGUGUUAGCUGAGAUAACCAAGAAAAUGAGCAGUAUUGGUUACAUGCCAAAUACCAGUGCUGUGCUGCAUGAUGUGCAAGUUGAGGAGAAAGAAGCCACACUCAGCACUCACAGUGAAAAACUUGCUAUUGCAUUUGGCCUCAUUAGUGUGAGAAGUGAGUCUCCCAUAAGAGUGAUGAAGAACUUAAGAAUUUGUGAUGACUGCCAUACUUUCUCCAAACUUGUCUCCAGUAUUACCAAGAGAGAGAUCAUCAUGAGAGAUAAGAAUCGUUUCCAUCAUUUCAAAGAUGGUCUUUGUUCUUGCAAGGAUUUUUGGUGAUAAUAGAUGAGAUUUUCCUUAUUGAUAAGCAUGAUCUGAUUUGAGCCAGAUCUAGAAAAGGCAUUUAAAGAUUUAUAGUUUUCGUGGAGGGGAAAAACUUCAUUGUGGUAGAUCAAGACCCCCUACCUUCCAAAUGAUGGGAUUUGGCAUCAUUCGUUAUUCUACAUUGAGGGGUUCUCCAACUGAUUUAAAGCCUGGAUUUGAUGCUUGUUCAGGUCAAUGGCCAAUGAUGUAUCUGAGUCCUUAGCCAUGAUUGAGCAAGUAGCAUAUCAAAAGCAUCAUAUGAGAGUAGAAUUGAUUUCACUGUGGAGAAAAGGACUCAGUCUGAGCGUGUGAUGUAGCUAAAAAACAUCCGCCGGAUAAUCUAUAGAAGCUUGGUUCAGCUAGUAAUUCAUUUUUUUCUUGAAACUGAGAGAAAGACAGCAGAUCACUAUCCAAUUGAGCACGUGGCAUCCUUAACCAUACUAGGCCAGAUGGCCCGGACAGGAAGUCAGGGUUUUGAAUAUGGGAGAUGUGUUUGGUGAUGCAAGCUAACUGGCACUCCUACCGAGUCCUGCCGUCGGACAUCCAUUUAAGCUUUACUAGUUUCUAUAUGGGCUAUUAACUGGAUCCAAUCACCAUUUUGUGAGUUUUCCAACCCAGCAGCUCUCUGAUUCUCUGGCCAUACAAGAUAACCAACUGGUUUUUAGAUUUUUUUUUAACCGCCAGAUCAGUUUGUCUUUAUGUCAUACUUUCUUGAUUGAAUGGUUAUACACUGCAUGCUUUUGUAUCAAAAGCUUGUUCCAUUCCUUUGUGAGAAUAGAACUAGUUGAUUCCACUCAAAACUUAAUCAACUAAACUUGAGAAUCAACACUUAGAUUAUAAGUUUGUAACUCAAAAGAAGAAUUUGGUUCAGCACUUGAGCUAGAGUUGGCUCACUAGUAGAAUGUUAUGGACGCAUUCCUCGGGAAAAAGUAUCAUCGCCGCCGGCAGCAACAGGAACCUGACCCACCGCCAGCAGCAGCAGUGAUUCAAUGAUCCUCGUCCUACCCAGUUUGGCAACAGCAGAUUAGAUUAGAUCAUCUUGCUUGUUCUUAUCUUAUUCUAUU